UGGAGCCUCGGGAGCAGUGUCUGUGCUUGCCCUGAUUACAUGCCCAGGAUGUGUGUGCCCGGGAUGGCACAGUAUGUGCCCAGGAUGUGAGUGUCCCAGUGGCCCCUGUCUGUCUGUCUGUCUGCCUCACACUCUCUUGCUCACACUCACAGGGGAGAUCCUGAGGAAGAACAGAGAUGACUGGGUGGCUGCAUUUGAAUGGGUGCUUCUCUCCCUAAGCUGCACCGUGACCCCCAGCAGGAGCAGGAUUGUGCCCGUACCCUGAGUGCCUGUCAGCCUGAGGGUUCUGGAGUACCUGCCCGAGCAACCCCGCGUGGGUCCCCAAGAGCUGCUGUGCUGGGAUAUGUGGCUCCUGUACCUGAUCCUGGGCUCCGUGGAGAGCCAGCUUUUACCCGGCAAUAACCACACCACAGAGUGUAACAUCCCGGGCAACUUUAUGUGCAGUAACGGGCGCUGCAUCCCUGGCGGCUGGCAGUGCGACGGGAACCCAGAUUGCUUUGAUGAAAGCGACGAGAAAGAAUGCCCGAGAGCCAGAUCAAGGUGCGGACCGAACUUUUUCCCAUGCACGAGCGGCAUCCACUGCAUCAUUGCCCGGUUCCAGUGCAACGGUUUCGAGGACUGCCCCGAUGGGAGCGACGAGGAGAACUGCACUGCUCACCCCUUGCUCUGCUCCAACUCCCGCUUCCACUGUAAGAACCACCUGUGCAUCGAUAAGAGCUUUGUGUGCGACGGACAGAACAACUGCCUGGAUAACAGCGAUGAGGAGCACUGCCACAGCCCACAAGAGCCGGGCAGUGAGCAGGAUUACGUCUCAUCGGAGAACCAGCUGCUUUACUACCCCAGUAUCACCUACACCAUCAUUGGAAGCUCCGUCAUCUUUGUUCUGGUGGUGGCUCUCCUGGCACUGGUCCUGCACCACCAGAGGAAGCGCAAUCUGAUGAGCCUCCCGGUGCAUCGCCUCCAGCACCCGCUGCUUCUCUCCAGACUGGUGGUACUGGAUCACCCCCACCACUGCCGGGUCACCUACAAUGUCAACAAUGGCAUCCAGUACAUGUCAGGCCAGGGCUACCAGCAGCCGGUGAGCGUGGAGUCCCCACCCUCGUACACGGAGGCUGUGCUGGACCAUAGCUCUCGCCCACCUUGGUUUGACCUGCCACCUCCUCCGUACCCCUCUGAUAUGGAAUCCGUCAGCCAAACAGAGCUGCCUCCUUACCGCUCCCGGACAGGCAGUUCCGCCAGCGCUGGCAGCACCGAGCAUCCCCGGGGCACCCCCUGCGGCACAGAGAGCCCUACAGAACCACAGGACCCAACAGCUGCACCGAGUGAUGAUCUUCCAAGCACAGAAGUAGAUGUUUAGGCUCGGCGGUGCUGCCGGCAUCAUGGGUCGGCCUGCUGCAACUCCUUACCCGCAGAACUAUUCCUUCUAUUUUUUUAUAGAUCCCAGAUGUUUAUUUUUUUAGCGUUUUACUUCCCCUUUAUUUCUAUAUAUAUUGGCCGUGCCGGAUCCCCGGCAGCGAGGCACUAUUACUAUGCAGCAGGGGUGCCGGUGACGCUUGGCUUGUUUGCUCGGUGGCAGAAGCCAUUAUCUGGGAGAAAGGAUGGAGCGCUGCAGGGGGGAUGAACCUUUACAGAAACACAUUGCGACCCAUUAGCAUUUCUCAUUGGCAGAACCCAGGCGUAAAGGCCCCUCCCUGCUCCCUAUUCAAGGACAAUGCCUUCAUCUGAUUCGUUUGCAAUUGCUCAGCCGAGCAACUCAGGAGGGUUCCGAUCUCACCGAGUAUUAGCUGAUGGAAGGCGCCGUACAUGGGCCAAUCAGCUGCAGGGACAAUCUGAGCUGGCAGUUUUUAUUGGCCAAUGUAUGAUCAGCUACCUGCAGUACUUACCUUCUUUCUAUCCCUGUCUUUGUGCUUGGCUUCCUGGUUGAGGCUGAUUCAGACUCCGCCUCCUGUAGGGCCUGGGACUGAUCAUUGGCUUGCUGGCUUUUAGCAGGCAAUGAAUAGAUCCAUAUAGGCCAUAACUGCAGCCCCACACACAGGCCAACGAAUCAAAAGUAGCCAAGUGUACGGCUUAUAUUAUUCCUGUAGGUAGAGCUGUGCUCCAUCUGCUGGACGGCACUGGUGACUGCAAAUAAAAGGAACAAAAUGGCAGCUCCCUUCCCCACAGAGUCAGAAAAACAAAGAAGCUGCUCGUAAGGAACAAAGUUCAUAUAAAAUAAUCCAAGGGGUAGGAAAUUCCGUAAUAUUAAGGGCUUUUCUUGUAUUAAUGACUUUCAGGCAGAUGUUACUAUCCCUUUAAUCACCCUGCAAUCAGUAUGUAUAAAACACAAACUGGGUCCAACCAAGUCUCAGAAGCAUCUCAGCUGAUGGAAGUUUUUUCUGGUCUGUAAUGGCGGCUCCUUCACAGACGUGCCUCACCCUAACUCGGAUUGGUCACUUUGCCCAUAUACUCCAGUCCCAGGAACUUGUUGUGCCUUUUCUGCCCCAAAAGGGGUGGGCUAUAUAGACCUUGCCCUGACCCACAGCCUUUGGGAUAACCAUAAGUAGCCUACUGACCCCGCCUUGGUAACCGGCCAACCCGUGUGAGGAAUAUUGUUGCACUUAUAAAGCAUAUUAUUGAGUAACUAUGCAGCAUAGUGAAAGUAGCUGUCAUGCGAGGAUGCUGGGAGUUGUAGUCCACGUCACUGAUGUAAUGUUCUCUCUCUGUCUGUCGGUUUUCAUGUUGUGUCUAAUGUUCCAUCACGUUCCUGAUCAGAUGCUGGAAAGGAAUGAAUUCCCAGUGUGGAGACAGUUACCGGGUCAUGUGACAGCUCAGGGAGCCUUCUAGAAAAUGCAGAUGGCAGGGCUAAUUGGAUGUUAUUUAAUAGAGUCUGUUCCCAAUCAGAGCGGCCCUGCAAUCUGCAUUCAUUAGAAUCGCCCCUGGUACUUCCAUAGGCCCAGUAACAUCUCCCCCUCUCUCUUCUCUUUGUGCCUAAUAGUCCUUUCAUGUUCCCGAUCAGAUGCUGGAAAUGGCGGGUUCUCUGCUCCACACGGAACCACUGGAGCCCAGGAAAGGAGACUGCCUUAUUCUCAAUACAUGAUAUAUAUAUAUAUAUAACUGAUUCCCAGGGAGUACACCGGCUUUAUACAAUAAAGGUGAUACAGAGUUA